GUCACAUGAAGUAACCAGAAAAGCUGCUACCGCCGUCACCAGGGUGGAGCGGUGGCCGAGGCGAGGCGCUUGACUUCAAAAUUUUAUCCGGCCCGUUUUCAACACAACGGCUUGUGCGGGAGUUGACGUGACGCGGCAGUGGGGCUGUCUCUCCUCCGCGCUGCCUGCAUUCAUAAACGGAUAUGUUGAUAACCCAGCGCUGAGAGCACCGGAGCAGCGACAACAGGCGGCUCUGACCAUGGCGGAAGAGGACGACGCGAGGAUUCGGAACUUACAGUGCCUGCGGGGGAAGAUAUGUGAAGCUAAGAACCUGGGUCCAGUCUCGGGUCCAAAUCGUCAAAGGGAUCUCUGCACCUUUUGCACCAUAAGUCUGGACCAGGAGGAGGUGUUACGCACCAAGGUGUUUGACAAAAGCGUCAGCCCUUUCUAUGGCGAGGACUUCUAUUUUGAGAUCCCACGUCCAUUCCAGUGUUUAUCCUUCUACGUUUAUGCCAAGAGCGUUUUUCCAAGGGACCCAGCUGUUGGCAAGGUAUCAAUCCGGAAGGAUGAGCUGUGUAAAUACAGUGGGAAGGAGGACUGGUUCAGCCUUCAGCCAGUAGAUCCCAACUCAGAAGUCCAGGGUAAAGUCCACCUUGAGAUGCGAUUGAAUGAAGUGAUCGCAGAGAAUGGCUCAGGAGGUCAGCACUUACUAGUCAGGAUAAUAGAGUGUCAGGAGCUGCCUUUAAUCAGUGGGCAGAACUGUGACCCCUAUGCCACAGUGUCACUCGUCGGACCUGCCAGGUCUGACCAAAAGAAAACAAAGGUGAAGAAGAAAACCAGCAACCCUCAUUUUGAAGAGACCUUCUUCUUUGAGGUCACACGAUCCAGCAGCUAUUCUAAAAAGUCUCACUUCCAAGUGGAGGAGGAGGACAUUGAGAAACUUGAGCUAAAAGUUGAUUUGUGGAACAAUGAGAAUCUGGCUCAGGACGUGUUUCUUGGUGAGACGCGGGUCCCUGUCAAGAUCCUGCGGACGGACCACGUCCACAAAGCCUGGUAUCUCCUCCAGCCUAAAGGGAACGGCAGCAAGUCCAAGUCGGAUGAUUUAGGUUCCUUACGUCUGAAGCUGACCUACAUAGAAGACACUGUGCUGCCAUCUGCCUGCUACACACCACUCUGCAACCUGCUGCUCAAAUCCCCAGAUGUGAAGCCCAUCUCAGCAUCAGCAGCUCACAUCCUGGGGGACAUCUACAGAGAGCGGUACGAGGCUGUGCUGCCCGUGGUCCGACUGCUGCUCCACCACAAUCGCUUUGUGCCUUUUGUUUCUGCUGUGGCGGUGCUAGAGCUGGACAACACUCAGGAGGCUAACAUUAUAUUCCGUGGCAACUCACUGGCAACACGCUGCAUUGAUGACAUGAUGAAGAUUGUGGGAAAAAAUUACCUGGCGGUUACCCUGAAGCCUGUAAUAGAUGAGUACAUGUACGACUUCUUCAAAUCAUUCCAAGAGGACAAUUGUAUCGAAAGAGUUAAAAAGUUUCUAGACGAGAUCUCCUCGAACGUCAGCAAAGAGUCUAGUGGGCUGGAGGACGCAGUGGUUCUCAAGGAGGGGGAAGUACAGAAACGUGCCCAGGGGAGGAAACGCCUGGGGAAGAAAAACUUCAAGAAGCGAUGGCUGAGAGUGACCAACAGGGAGCUCUCCUACCACAAACACAAAGGGAAAGAGGCCCUCUGCAUUAUCAACGUCAAAAAUAUCCAGGCGGUGGAGAAACUGGAUGAAAGUGCCUUUAACCGCAAAAAUAUGUUUCAGGUGGUCCACUCUGAGAAGCCUCUGUACGUACAGGCAGGAAACUGUGUGGAGGCCAGCGAGUGGCUGGAUGUCCUGGGUCAGGUCACACGCUGCAAUGAGGGACGCUUGGCCAACUUCCACAUUUCUAAUUACAGUGCUGGAGCCUGGCAGUGCUGCAAAAACCAGAACAACAACGCACCAGGGUGCAAGCCCUGCACAACCACUGUGUUGGCCAACCUACAGCUUGACAUAGACUGUGACCGGGAAACAGAGCGAAUUUUCUCCCUUCUUUCUUCAAACGACACCAAACUGCAGGACAUGGAGGAUGCAUGUGCCAGUAUGGCAGUGUACCAGGGCCCUCAGCGGGAGCAGGAGGAAUGCUCCAAGUUCACCAUUCAGGAACCCAAAGAGACGUUUCAGACGCUCAAACAGCUCCGCAACGUCAUGGAGGAACUUCAGAGGCAGCACAACAUCAGGAACGACACCACGGCGCAGUAUGGCAGCGUGGCCAACCCGAUAGUGGGGAAAACCUCCUAACCAGGACGGGCAGGUGUGGCCUGAGACGGUGGUACCAGCAGGUGUCAGUAGAUCACGAGCAGCGCUGCAGUGACACACUGGCGUCUCAGAGGAGUGAUGGGAGUUGUCCCUCCGAGAACAGCUGCUGUGUGUCCAGGAGAAGAACAACUGAUACACCCUGACCUCCAGACAUCUUGACUCCACCACUGCCACGUGGGAAGUGGAUGGAUUGAAAGCUUUUCCUGUGUCUCUCCUCGUGUUCUCGUGCCACCUCCUCCUCCUUCACCUCCUCACGUAAAGACACUCCCUCUCUUGAUUUACGUCCUCUUCUACGUCUCCAGCUGUAUCAAAAAGGAAUAGUUAGAAUAAGUGUGUGAAUAGGCUGCUAUUUUUUUUUUAUUCACCAAAUUUUAUAUCGACAGCUGAGUAUGCUUUCCCAAUCUUUUAACAGUUUGCUUUUCGGAGUUGAUUGAUAAUCACCACGUUUCUAGAGGAGCGUCCUCCCCUUGUGCCUGAGCACAUUUAAAAUCUUCCUCCAUUCUUAUUGUCCUUCCUCCCCUUAACAAAUGUGUAUAUAUAUACAUACAUUUUCUGAGUAGAUGAAACCGAUCUGCCUUACUUGGAUGGAUGUUUCUUUCAGAUUAAACGCUGAGGGAAUAAUGCAGAAGCACUUUAAAUAUUUGGAACUAUCCAAAUGAAAAACCAUUAGAUACUUGGUAUCAGCUUUUCCCCCAUUUGAUCAGUUACAUGAUCAUAUUUGUUUCAUUCCUGUACAAUAACAUUGACAGCCUUUAGUUUUUAAAAAUAUUUUUCUUGACCAAAGACAAUUUCAUAGUUUUGACUUGAAAAAAUGAAACAUGUAUUUUGAAUACAAAUGUUUUAAAAAUGAAUAUAUAUAUGGUUUAUGUGUACGUUUUUUUUUGUUUUUUUUGCUAACAUAUCGUUUUACUUUAGUGACUUUAGGCAAACGGAUUGCAUGCGUUCAGUUUUGAAUCCUGAUAGCACAUGACUGUGGUUUAGAGUUGUGUUUCGCUGUGAUUGUGAGUCUUAUUGGUACGUCGUACCUCAGAUCUGUGCUGUGAAGUGGAGAGCAUUGCAACAUGUCUGUAGUGGCUAAGAAAUGAAAUGCUGGAGGAACAAAUGAGCCCUGUUAUCCCUAAAUUAGCCCCAACAAUCACACCAUGUCCUUUUUUUUUAUCUCUCAGAAGAUCAGUUCAGUGCAGCUCCAGCUGUUGUACUUUAUGGUUUUAGAAAAAAUAAUAAAAUUAGAAAAGACGCGACACUCUGUUGCCUAAAACUUGUGUUUUUAAGUUUUCCUCAGCUUUUAGUCACAGCACCCCACUGCCAUAACUGCUGCCCAAACCCAAAGAGUCAAGAAAAGUCCUGUGUUGUAAAACAAAAAUAUAUGCAUUCAACCUAAAUAAUAAUAAUGCACAUAAUUACGCUGUUAAAAUGACUCAAAUUUGAGAUAAAUUCUUAUCCUAACAAUCAUAUUUUGCAGAAGUAGGGCUGCACAGUACAGUAAUAGAAACGAUUCUAUAAACUGACAGAAAGAGAUUUGCUGA